GUGUAGUCGUGUAGACGGCAAAGGUAGCAGCAUCGUUUUACCCAUUUCACACACAUGGGCAGUGCGUAGAUCUUGGAACUUAAAUUGCAUCUACCAUCCAUCAUCACCCAAUAAUAAGCACCUCAAAGACACUAUUCAAAUCAAUUGAAAAUUUCUGUACUAUACCCACCUGAAUUACCCAUCAAAAAUUCAGGAAUUUUGAUUCUGUACAUUGUCCGAGUGAGGUUUUGGGGAAGAGAGAGAAAGUGUGAUCUCCACAGUAAGAGACUCAAAUUCGAAGAAGAAGGAAAAUGGGAUGCUCAUUUUCUGGGUUAAAUGCAUUAUACGAUGCUGUUAAUGGAGGUGGGGAUGUAUGGAUCAAUGAAAAUAGAUUCAAGAUCGUAAGGCAGCUUGGUGAAGGUGGCUUUGCUUAUGUGUUUUUGGUCAAAGAAGUUGUUACCGACGCUUCUGCUGCUUCUGGGGGUCUUUCCAAUAAGCUCAAAGACCCUUCUUUUAUUUCAGAUGAUGGGACUUAUGCUAUGAAGAAAGUAUUGAUUCAAAAUACGGAGCAGCUGGAAUUGGUGAGGGAGGAGACCCGUGUUUCUUCCUUGUUUACUCAUCCCAAUCUGCUUCCCCUUCUUGAUCAUGCUAUCAUCAAAAUCAAGGCCACUCAAGAACAAUCUUGGAAACAUGAAGCGUAUUUGCUAUUUCCAGUUCAUUUGGAUGGAACUUUGCUGGACAACUCUACCGCUAUGAAAGCUAAAAAGGAAUUCUUUUCGACCGUGGAUGUCCUCCAAAUUUUUCGACAGCUUUGCGCAGGACUGAAGCACAUGCACCAUUUUGAUCCACCAUAUGCACAUAAUGAUGUCAAACCUGGGAAUAUUCUAAUCACACACAGAAGGGGUCAGGCACCUCGGGCUAUAUUGAUGGACUUUGGAAGUGCUCGUCCUGCUCGAAGACAGAUUCAGUCACGUGCAGAAGCUUUACAGCUUCAGGAAUGGGCAGUUGAACAUUGUUCUGCCCCGUUUCGUGCUCCUGAGUUGUGGGAUUGUCCAAGUCAGUGCAAUAUCGAUGAAAGAACUGAUAUUUGGUCACUAGGAUGCACGCUGUACGCAAUUAUGUAUGGUGUAUCGCCGUUUGAGUAUGCAUUGGGAGAAGCUGGAGGAAGCCUACAAUUGGCCGUUGUAAAUGUCCAGAUAAAAUGGCCAGCCGGACCAAAGCCGCCAUAUCCCGAUGCACUUCACCAAUUUGUGAACUGGAUGCUUCAGCCUCAAGCUGCUGUUCGACCACGCAUUGAUGAUAUCAUCAUUCAUGUUGACAAGUUGAUAUCCAAAUACUCUGAUUAGCUAUAAACAUACAUGAUAUAUAUGGUGAUUGGUGGCCAUCAAACUCAAACUUGUAUGCACAGGUGUAUCAUGAAGCUUCUUUUUUACAUAUGAUUAUGGUUAUUAUUAUACUCAUCACAGUUUAGUAAGUUUCAUGUUUGAGAAAAGGGAGAAUUGUUCGCGCGUAUUUUACUGUCUAUUACAAGUAGUAUUUAUAAUAGAUAAUUUUUUUGGCGAUAGAGUUUUGUGUAGUGAAUUCAGACAGUGAACAUUGUCUACUGUUUUUACAGCUACUAAUCUGUUACAGUGUAUUGAAGUUUAUAUAGAAGGCAUAUGCUUGGACACCAGUUUUCGGAGCUAUGAAUACUUGCCUCACUUCAUGAUA